AUGUUGAGGAUUGUACUGCUGGGUAAGAGUGGAGCUGGAAAGAGUGCAACAGGAAACACCAUCCUGGGGGAAGAGGUCUUUAAAGAAGAUACAACUUUUGACUCAGUGACUUCAGAUUCUCUUAAGGAGAGUGGAAGGGUGUUGGGGAGGCAGAUCACACUGGUUGAUACCCCAGGACUGUUUGAUACAUCUAAGUCACAAGAUGAGCUGAAAAGUAAAAUAGAGAGGUGUGUCAACAUGUCUGUUCCUGGGCCUCACGUCUUCCUGCUGGUGAUCAGAUUAGCUGUGAGAUUCACAGAGGAGGAGAGGAAUGCAGUGAAGUGGAUCCAGGAGAACUUUGGCAAGAGAGCGGCAGAGUUCACUAUGGUACUGUUCACUCAUGCUGAUCAGCUGAAGGGGAAAUCAGUGGAACACAACUUCAAUAAAGACAUUCAGAACCUGAUAGACAGCUGUGGAGGAGGAUAUCACUCCUUUAAUAAUUUAGAGCGGAAUAACCAGACUCAAGUGGAAGAGCUGCUGGAGAAGAUUGAUGCCAUGUUGGAGAAGAAUGAUGGAGAACACUACACAAACAAGAUGUACCAGGAGGCUCAGAGCAAGAUUAGAGAAGAGGAAGAGCGGAAGAGACUGGAGGAGGAGAUGAAACGAAAGGAGUAUGAGAGGAAGAUCAGAAAAGAUGAGCGAAUGAAAGCAGAGGAAGAUUUUAGAAAGGCUGAAGAGGAGAGGAAAAAACAAGAGGAGAGGGAAGAAUUUGUCAAACAAGUAGGAACAGGUGUUGGAGCAGUUCUUGGGGUUGCAGUUGGCAUGGCAACAGCAAAUCCUUUCUUUGGUGCAGCAGUUGUAGGUGCGGCUGGGGCAGCAACAGGUUAUGUUCUAACACCAAUAUUAGCUGGAUUGGAUUAUUUUAAGGGGAUUUCCCGCUGA